AAAUAAUUUUCUUAGACAUGUUACAUAGGACUUUGCAUAUAUAAUAGUACUUUACAAUUUCAAGUGAUAAUAGCGAUAGUAAUUGGCCUAAGUUAUUGAUUAAAAAUACUUCUCUAUUGCUUAUAACUAUUGCGUGUUUGGGCUCUCACAAGUCAAUGAUACAAUGGUAUUUAUGAAAAGUCUUUACAUAUUCUGAUUAUCAACCCGGUAACAGAUUAUUGUGAGUUAUCAAAAGGGUCAACUAUAUUGUUGAAGCUAAUUACAAAUUAAUUAAGUUUCCUUAGGCUACCUAACUUUGGUUGACUUUCUUUUUAUUUACCAAUCGAAAAUAUACGUCAGUUGUCAGUAUCAUGGCUUAGUUUCAAAGCAAACAAGGAGACUGGAUAGCAAAGGAAAUCUACACGAUGCCUCGCCUAACCCUAACAUCAGAAAUCAACUGGUGAACUCUUUUGGUCGUUAGGUCCCUGGUCACCUAGCUACAACUCUCUGACUCCUUUAUAGCGUAGCUUCUAAAUCUCUGGCAGCAUUUAUGGAUCCUUAAGUGAAACUGAAUUCUCUUUUCAACAUGAAACUAAUAUUUUGGGUUAGAUUGGUAACGUUUUACUACCAUGAUCAUGAUCAUGAUCAUGAUCAUAUAUACAUAACGUUUUACUACCAUGAUCAUGAUCAAGUAUAUAUAUACAUAACUUUUUUACUAAUUACUAAAAAUCGAAUUUUGUUUCACGUAAGAAACUACGUCCAGCAUUAUAUAAUUUUUGCUAAACAUUUAUUAGUAGAGUAUAAUGUUAUGCUCAUACGGAUUUUGUUUUGUUUUUGGAUUUGGUGUUUGGUAGGCUAUGCUGACUAGCUUUUGAUACUAAACAUUAUUUUAGGUUUUGUUAAAAGAACACAAUCCAUAGCAUUUAACUGUGACAAGUUCAAAUCUUUUAAUUCAUUAGAUUUCUUAUAUUGUCCCAAAGAUGUUUUGUUCCUUUCAGCCCAUUUACAAAUCAAAUCCGGCCCACUUAAACUACAGUGACAAUACACGCGACGUCGUAUUUGACAUUAAACACACUAAAGUGAGCACAGAGAGAGAGAAGUGGAAGAAGACCAAUGACAGCCAUGAAAUUACCAAAACCUCCAAAUCUCCCUGAGAAACCUCUUAAACCCAACUUCUUCCACGGCCACCGUAAACCCUCCCGUAACCGUCCCGUCGUCCACGGUGGUCUCUUCUCCAACCGCCAAAACCUCUCCAGAGACUCACCCCAAUCACAAUCCAACAGAACCCCCUUCGAUCUCCGCAAAUGGGACCCGCAAUCCCGUCCCCGACCUUCUCCGCCGCCGCCACCUCCUUCCGCAACCAUCUCCGCCGCCUCCGAGCGCCUAUCCCCGAUCGCGCGCUUCGUCCUCGACGCCUUCCGCAAGAACCAAAACCACUGGGGCCCCUCCGUCGUCUCGGAGCUGAACAAGCUCCGCCGCGUCACGCCGAGCAUCGUCGCCGAGGUUCUGAAAGUAGGCAACAACGCCGCCGUCGCGGCGAAGUUCUUCCACUGGGCCGGUAAGCAGAAAGGGUACAGACACGACUUUGCGUCCUACAACGCCUUCGCGUAUUGCCUCAACCGAACGGGAAACUUCCGCGCCGCGGAUCAGUUGCCGGAGCUCAUGGACUCUCAGGGACGGCCUCCGUCGGAGAAACAGUUCGAGAUUCUGAUCAGGAUGCACGCUGAUAAUAAAAGAGGGUUAAGAGUUUAUUACGUGUACGAGAAGAUGAAGAAGUUUGGAUUCAAACCUAGCGUGUUCUUGUAUAAUAGGAUAAUGGAUGCCUUGAUGAAAUGUGGUUACUUUGAUUUAGCCUUAGCUGUUUAUGAUGAUUUUAAAGAAGACGGUUUAGUUGAGGAACGUACCACUUUCAUCAUCUUGGUUAAAGGACUGUGUAAAGCUGGUAGAAUGGAGGAGAUGUUAGAGAUAGUGCAGAGGAUGAGGGAUGAUCUGUGUAAGCCUGAUGUGUUUGCUUACACGGCGAUGAUCAAGACGUUGGUUUCCGAAGGGAAUAUUGAUGGGAGUCUACGGGUUUGGGAGGAGAUGAGACGCGAUGAGGUGAAACCGGAUGUGAUGGCGUAUGGCACACUUGUUGUGGGUUUGUGUAAAGACGGUAGAGUUGAAAGAGGGUAUGAGUUGUUUGUGGAGAUGAAGGAAAAGGGGGUUUUGAUUGAUAGGGAUAUCUAUAGGGUUUUGAUUGAAGGGUUUGUAGCGGAUGGGAAGGUUAGAUGUGCUUGUGAUCUAUGGGAGGAUUUGGUGGGUUCUGGGUAUAUUGCUGAUUUGGGGAUAUAUAAUGCGGUUAUUAAAGGGUUGUGUACUGUGAAUCAGGUUGAUAAAGCUUAUAAGCUCUUCCAUGUUGCAGUUGAGGAAGAACUGGAACCAGAUUUUGAGACUUUGAGUCCUAUUAUGGUUGCUUAUGUGGUGAUGAAGAGACUGAGUGAUUUUUUAGAGUUGCUAGAACGAAUUGGGGAAUUGGGAUACCCUGUAGCAGAUUACCUUUCACAGUUUUUCAAAUUGUUGUGUGCUGACGAAGAAAAGAGAGCGAUGGCGUUAGAUGUCUUUGAUGUACUAAAGAGUAAAGGUCAUGGCAGUGUCUGUGUGUACAACAUUCUCAUGGAAGCUCUAUACAAGAUGGGGGAUAUAGAAAAGUCUUUGUCACUUUUAACUGAAAUGAGGGAGUUUGGGUUUGAACCAGAUUCAUCAUCUUACAGUAUUGCAAUUUGCUGUUUUGUUGAGAAAGGAGAAGUCCAAGAGGCGUGUUCGUAUCAUGAAAAAAUCACCGAGAUGUCGUGUGUUCCUUCCAUAGCUGCUUAUCUGUCUCUUGCUAGAGGACUCAGCCAAAUUGGAGAAAUUGAUGCGGUGAUGUUAUUAGUUCGUGAAUGCUUGGGAAACGUUGAAAGUGGUCCUAGGGCGUUUAUGUACGCUCUGAGGGUUUGUCAUGUAUGCAAAGCGAGUAGCGCGGAGAAGGUUAUGGAAGUUCUUGAUGAGGUGAACCAGGAAGGUGUAUGUAUCAGUGAAGUCAUAUACUGUGCGAUUAUCUCUGGUAUGGCUAAGCAUGGAACAAUCAAAGCAGCAAGAGAAGUCUUUGCGGAGCUGAAAAGGCGCAAGGUUAUGACAGAGUCUGAAAUGGUAGUCUAUGAUGAAAUGUUGGUUGAGCAGACAAAGAAGAAGACAGCUGAUUUGGUGCUUUCAGGGAUCAAGUUUUUCGGUCUCGAGUCAAAACUAAGAGCAAAAGGUUGCCGAAUACUCGAUUAACUAACAUUUGGGGGGCCUUAUAAAUCACUCAGCUGCAAAGGUGACUAAGAGGAGCAUAAGCUCUUUUGUGCGUUGGUAUUAGUCUGCGCUCAAUGUUUCAUGUGUACGGGUUUGCCGAGCCUAACCAUGAAAGUUUUGGAGCUUUUCUCAUGAAUCCAUGUCAUGAAAGUGUGUUAUUUUUUGGGUUAAUCAUACUGGUUGCUGAAGCUUGGGAGGAGACUCUAUACAUUGGUGGAGUUAGUGCAGCGAAGCUUGAGAGUCUCUGUUAAGGUCUGAAGGUGUUUCUAUUUAUAGAGUGCUUGUAAGGAAGUUUAUACAAUAAGUGAAACUCAUUUUUCACAUAAAAUGGCUUUUAAGUAUUAAUAGUCCAUUGUUAGUGCUUAGUGCUAGUGUUUCAAAAAAAAUAGUGCUAAGUGCUAACUCACCAUAUCACUGAACUAGCUCAAUUCAAUUAUUUCUACUAUUUUAGAUUUCUAAAUUUUAGAUUCUUUAAAUUAAAAAAUAUUGGUCCGUCUGAAAUUGGAAUAAAGUUUGGAUUUUUAUGUCCACCUUUGUGGAAAUGGCAGUUAAGUUUCCGUGUCAAUGGCGAUGAAAAGUGGUUGCCUUUAUGAUCCAUCCUCUUUCUCUUAUCUUAAAUCAAACACAUCCGAAAAAUAGCAUCCAAUGCGCUACUCUUUCACAAUGAACACUCUGGUGAAGACAGGUGGCGCGUGGCUUGUUUCGCCGUCGUUGGCAGCUGUGAGGAGGAUGAGUGUAGCUGGUUUCGCCACGUCAUCAUCAUCUUCUGUACCCAAUUGGGAAGGUGGAGUUUCCAUGGUCCAAGGAGCUUCCAGAGGCAUCGGCCUCGAGUUUGUAAGGCAGUUGUUAGAGAACAAUAAGAAAGGACAUGUUGUUGCCACUUGCCGGAAUCCAAAAGAAGCAACAAGUCUUGUUAAUCUGAAGAAUAGCUUCCCUGAGAGGCUUUUCAUCCAAAAGCUUGAUGUUACAGAUGAAACCACCAUUGAGGAAUCAGCGGAAUCUGUAAGAGAAAGAUAUGGUUCUCUCAACUUACUUAUAAACGCAACUGGUAUACUUUCAAUUCCUGGUGUAUUGCAGCCAG